AAAUACAUGACAAAUAAAUUGAAAUCAUUAACUAUUAAUAAAAAAUAAUUUAAACCCAAGUGAAGUUAUCCAAUCCAAAUAUCUAUUUUUCCAAGAGUCCACCACAUGCCCGUCCUAUUCUUGGUGGGCUUAGUCGCAUCCAUCUCGAGCAUUUUAUUUUAUUAAUAAAAAGUAAUAAUAUAGGACAUUUUUACUAGCCUAAAGCUUGUAGCUUGAUUCGCAGGUUCGCGGCUGCGGCAAAAGGACAUUCUCUCGUAUGUCUUUCCGGCACGAGCUGCGUUCCCUUUACUAAUAUUAUUAGUUAUAUUAUAUUUAUUUUGGUUUCAGCAGCUCUCUCUCUUUCUCUCUCUCUCUCUCUCUCUGCCUGUUGCAUCGUCUCGUCUCGUCUCGUCUCGUCCUGAUCGCACCUGAAAGAUCACCAUAAUGAUGCUGCGAAUUGCAGUGCGAAAUAUUUUGGGACAUUCCACGCAAAUGAUAUUCCGAGGUUGCUCCUUUGCCACAUAUGAGGUCAUUUCCAAAGGACAAGGAAGAGAAGCACACCAUAUUGUGAAGGAUCGAUGUAAUAACCAAGCUGAGAAUCUCUAUCCCAAACCAAAUGUUGGAGGCAUACUGAAGCACCAAAUUGGGCAGAAUGUUUCAAGAAAGGAUAAAAUUAAAUUUCUUGUAACUACACUUCUUGAUAUUAAAGACAGCAAAGAAGCUGUAUAUGGUGCUCUUGAUGCGUGGGUUGCUUGGGAGCAGAAUUUUCCUAUUGGACCUCUUAAAAAUGUAAUCCUUGCUCUUGAGAAGGAGCAUCAGUGGCAUAGAGUUGUUCAGGUUAUUAAAUGGAUGCUAAGCAAGGGGCAGGGAAACACAAUGGGAACAUAUGUACAGUUACUACGAGCUUUGGAUAUGGAUAAUAGAGCAGAGGAAGCACAUCAGUUUUGGGUGAAGAAAGUCAGUGCAGAUCUACAUUCAGUGCCUUGGCAGUUAUGCAGACUCAUGAUAUCUGUAUACUAUCGAAACAACAUGCUGGAGAAUCUUGUAAAGAUGUGGACAUGCUGGAUGUUUCCUAAGACUGAGGACAGCCCUACCGGGUAUAUAAAAAGUAUUGUUCCCUUAACGUUUCUAAUUGCUAAGGGUGAGACGUGUCUAGUUCCCUGGUCUUAGAGGAAAGUUUUUUCAAUACUGAGCUCAUGUUCUGGGUUGUGUUGCAAGCAAGUAACAAGGAAGAGGUGAAGAGGCAAGAGAGGAGGCAAGCGGAAUCCGUAGAAAUUUCAGGUAACGAUGACAGAUGAGAGAAAGUGGGAUGAUAUGGGAUUAUCUAAGAAUUAAUUGACCACAUUAAUGUCAUGAUGAUAAGAUUUCAGGGAGAAAAAGUGAUUUUAUGGAGAUAGUGUGGUGAGAUACAAGGGAGUAAAAAAUCCAAAUCCUCAAUAAAAUUGACAGAGAGACAUCAUGUCACAAAGUCUGAUUGGAGAGACAUCAUGUCAAAAUUAGCCAACUGGAAAAUGCACAUAAAUAGCAAAUUAAUUUGGUGGUGAGUGGAAAGUUUGAUUGAACAAGGCUAACCCUAUGGCAGCAGCCCGAUGUGAACCAUCUCUAGCUCAGUCAUAUCACUGAACUGCAACCCAUGCUUGCCCAUUUUAGGACGUGGGGAACAAGCACAACACAAAGGAAUUCCUGCUUGUCACUUGUCACGUCUCCAUCACACUUGGGCUAUCUGCUCAAUCUCUUGCUGGCUGCCAGGAUCUUCACCUGUUGCCUUGCUCCCUGCCUCCCCCUUCCCACCACUGGAACCAGUAACACUGUUUGUUGCCCCAAUAACUUCACAUUUCCUGGCAUGCCCAAAUGCCACCAAGAAAUAAAAUCCUGGAUGAAAGAUGGUGCAAGGUGCCUCACCAUGAUGCCACUUGGUCUGAGCGACCGAGGCAGCUAUUUAAAUGAUUGUGCUAAAUGGUUAAUUGUUGGGUCUCAAAGAACUUCUGUACAUAAUCAUAGUUAUAGUGGUGAUAAUCACCAUCUAGAUUAUGCAUCUUCAUAUUGCAUAUUUCUGAAUUUGACAUUUUUAGUCUAUCCUUUAAAGUUUAUUUCCCAUAUCUGACCAAGCUUCAAACACCGUAGACAAUUUGUUUGAGUUUAUAUUCCAAACAGGUGUAAGUUUGUUGAAAAGAUACCUUGGCAGAAGUAAUAUUUUAUGUUGUAGAGGCAGUUUCCUGAUCUUUGACAGGCCUUACUCUUAAGAGGCAAUUGUCCAAGUUCUUAUGAUAGUUGUUAUGGUCUUUUUUUUUUUUUUCCUUGAGUCUUCCUUAAUUAAAAGUUUAGCUUGUUCUUAUUUUCUCGUAACUAACUACUUUAUCCA